AUCUGCGAUUAGCAAUAGACAGUCACUACUCUUCUGUAGUUUUUUUUUGUCCACCUACCUAGCCAAUGCCUAAAACGAAACAAUGCGUAUUGACACUUGUUAUUUUUGUUCGUCCAAAAUAUAUCCAGGACAUGGAAUGCAUUUCGUAAGAAAUGAUUGUAAGGUAUUUAAAUUUUGUCGCUCAAAAUGUCACAGAGCAUUCCAAAAGAAGAAGAACCCUAGACGUGUACGGUGGACCAAAGCAUACCGCAAGGCUGUUGGUAAAGAAUUGGCUGUCGAUCCAUCAUUUGAGAUUGAAAAAAGACGUAACAUACCCAUGAAAUAUGACAGAGAGUUUUGGCAAAUGUCAAUGGAAGCAAUUAAGAAAGUCACUGAAAUUCAAAAAAAACGACAAUCUACCUAUGUAAUGCAGCGAUUACGUAAAGGACGUGAAGUUGAACAGCACAGAGAUAUCAGAGAAGUCCAAAGAGAUAUGUCACUGAUUAGAUCGCCUGCUGCAGGACUUAAGCAACGUUUGGCAACUGAAGAAAAACUACUAGAAGAAGAAGAAGAAAAUGAUGUGGAGAUGAUUGCUGCAGAAGACGAGAAUAAUAUUGAUCAUAGUAAAUUAUCUUACAUAAAAAUAUAAAAUAUUUGUAACUGUUCAAUGGUAUUGUAAUAUGGAUUUUUAUAUGAAUAUAUACAUGAGUAAUUAUUUACAUAAGUUAUCUGCCCAACCUUAUUUAUUACAUCACUGUGAAACCUAAAAGAUAAGGUACUAUACAAAUAUCUUACCGCCCAAUGGAUAUAAAAAAUAUAAUUUAACCUCAUUAGUAGGUACUGUAUUGUUAUUUAUUAGAGCUAAAAAUAUUAUUUCAAAGAAACUAAUAAAAAAUGUUCAAAAUGCGUUUCUCCACAUUUUUUUUGUUUUUGACGAUUGGUAAGUAAUAUUUGGUAUAAUUUAAAUAAAUAUAACAUGUAUAUUAAUC